CACACCACCACACGCCCGACAGAGGCACAGCUACAGGCUACAGCGCUACACUCCCGGCCAUCCCCAGUCAACAUCCGCCUCGCCCUGCCCUCCGCUGAGUCGCGCUUCUUCUUUCGCCGGCGCUGGAUCUUCCACCUCUUGUCCUCUUGGUUUCUUGGGAGGAGGAUGGCGGGGGACGAGGCCGUGGCCGGCGGGGCAGAGUGCUGCUACUACACGACGGACGACGCGCUGUCGCACGUGGGCUUCGGGAGGUUCCAGGCGCUGGUGCUGGCCUACGCCGGCGUGGGCUGGACGGCGGAGGCCAUGGAGAUCAUGCUGCUGUCCUUCGUCGGCCCGUCCGUGAAGGACGAGUGGGGGAUCUCCGCCCAGCAGGAGGGGCUCAUCACUAGCGUCGUCUUCGCCGGGAUGAUCAUCGGGGCCUGCCUCGGGGGCGUCAUCUCGGACUCAUACGGAAGAAGGGCUGGUUUUCUAUUCACUGCAGUUGUCACUGGCAUAUUUGGUUUUCUCAGUGCUUUAUCACCUAAUUACAUAUGCUUACUAACCCUCCGCUUUGUUGUCGGUAUGGGAUUGGGUGCUGGCCAUGUUCUUGGUACUUGGUUCUUUGAGUUUGUUCCUGCUGCAAAGAGGGGUACUUGGGUGGUUGUCUUCCAUUGUACUUGGACUUUCGGAACAAUCUUUCAGGCUCUAAUUGCAUGGGCUAUCAUGCCAGUACUUGGAUGGAGGUGGUUGAUAGCAUUGUCCUCGUCACCAUGUUUCGUUCUGCUUAUUUUCUAUGGUGUAACACCUGAAUCACCACGGUACCUCUGCUCAAGAGGUAGAACAGCUGAUGCUAAAUUGAUCUUGGAGAGGAUAGCAAGAGUGAACAACAUGUCUCUUCCCUCUGGCAUUCUAAUCCAGCAAAAAGUAUCUGACAAUGGCGUUGAUGUGGAGACAAUACUACCUCUAAUUACUUCACAAGAUAGUGAUGCAACAGACAUGAGCAUCAGCACUAAAUCCAGUUUUACUAAUGCAUUUCGGACACUUGUGUCACGAAGCCUGAUCAGAUCUACCCUUCUUCUAUGGUUUGUCUACUUUGCAUUUUCUUUUGCUUACUCUGGUAUAGUUUUGCUAACAUCAGAACUAAGCAAUGGUGAAAGGAGAUGUGCACCUGUUGGAAUGCCUUUGAGGCAGCAAAAUGAUGUCAGACUCUACAGAGAUGUCCUGGUGACAAGUAUUGCAGAGUUUCCUGGUCUGAUUUUGGCGGCUCUAUUGGUUGAUAGAUUUGGUCGCAAACUAUCGAUGGAGGGAUUCAUCCUUUUGUGCUUUGCUUUCAUCGCACCACUUGCUGUACCUUUGGGAGAAGGUUUAGCAACCACCCUUCUCUUCAGUGCCCGGGCGUGUAUAAUGGGAAGUUAUGCUGUUCUGUAUAUUUAUGGCCCGGAGAUCUACCCUACAUCAUGUCGAAACACCGGAGUGGGAGUCGCGACUUCGGUUGGUCGGAUCGGUGGCAUGGUUGCACCACUCAUAGCAGUUGGUUUGUUAGAGAACUGUCAUCAGAAAGAAGCGGUGUUCAUCUUCGAUGUGGUACUCUUCCUUGCAGCAGUGGCCUGUGCCCUCUUUCCUCUGGAGACCAAAGGCUGCCAGAUCCAGUAAGGUUUAGACCACACAAUCCACAAUUUCACAUGGGAUAAGUGGGUAACCAUACAGUUACAUUUUCCAGGAAGCAUCACUUCGCCCCCAUACAGUUAGAGGGUGAUUGUUGUGCAAAUACUUAUGAAAUAAAUGGAAUGAAAAUUCGUCCUACUUCUCAA